UUGUUUUGGUUCCGUGUUUUACGCUUCUCCACGCUUCUGCUUCAGAUGCUCACUUACGCACGGGUGGAAAGCUCACAAUGUCUGACCUCUGCGCUGUAGUCUUUAUAAACAUCUUGUUCUUAUUUCUGUCCUCUGCCUCUCAGCCCAAUUUCGUGCUCCUGUUCGCCGAUGAUCUGGGCUACGGGGACUUGGGCUGUUACGGACAUCCGACUUCCCUGACACCGAACCUGGACAGGCUAGCGGCGGGUGGGCUGCGCUUCACCGACUUUUACUGCACCAGUCCGGUGUGCAGUCCCUCCAGGUCAUCUUUGCUGACGGGCCGUUAUCAGACCCGUACAGGCAUCUACCCAGGAGUGUUGUACCCGGACUCUAUCGGGGGUCUGCCACUGAACGAGACCACCAUCGCGGAGGUGCUAAAGCCUCUGGGCUAUGCCACUGCAGCUGUGGGGAAGUGGCAUCUGGGCUAUGGAGCCAAUGGGACCUAUCUCCCAACCAACCAGGGCUUUGACGAGUACCUGGGGAUUCCCUAUUCCCAUGACAUGGGCCCAUGUAAAAACCUGACCUGCUUCCCUCCAGAUGUGAAGUGUUUUGGGCUGUGCGAUGUUGGCACGGUAACUGUCCCACUAAUGAGGAAUGACAAGAUCAUACAGCAACCAGCCAACUUUCUGGAACUGGAGAAGGCUUACAGCAACUUUGCAACUAAUUUCAUUCUGACUUCUGCCCAGAAGCAACAGCCCUUCUUCCUCUACUAUCCAACCCAUCACACACACUACCCUCAGUAUGCGGGCCAAAGAGCUGCUUGGAGAACUUCAAGAGGUCCAUUUGGAGAUUCUCUGGCUGAAUUUGAUGACACUGUAGGAGACAUCAUGGCCGCUCUGGAGAAAGCAGGCGUCAUCAACAAUACACUCGUCUUUUUUACGUCUGACAAUGGGCCUGAGUUAAUGCGAAUGUCGAAAGGAGGUAACGCUGGCCUCCUAAAAUGUGGUAAAGGCACCACAUAUGAGGGAGGCAUGAGAGAACCUGCUAUUGCCUAUUGGUCUGGAACUAUAAAGCCUGGUGUGACUCAUCAGUUGGGCAGCAUUUUGGACAUCCUGCCAACCUUUGCCAGCCUGGCUAGGGCCAAACUUCCCUCUGUGAUACUGGAUGGGGUAGAUUUGACAGACCUUCUAUUUCAUCAAGGAAAGAGUGCUCGUGAGAUGAUGAUGUUCUACCCCACAGACCCCAGUGAGAAGUAUGGCCUUUUUGCUGUGCGGUAUAAGAAAUACAAGGCUCACUUCUACACAAGAGGUGCUGCUCACAGCGGUACCACACCAGAUGCCGACUGCCCCGUAUUCGCUGUUCUGAAGUACCACGACCCUCCUCUGCUCUUUAACCUGGAGAUGGACCCCUCUGAGUUCUACCCCCUGUCCCUGUCUGGUGAACCAGAGCUGCAAGAUGUGCUAGAGAAGAUCAAGCAGGUGAAAGCAGAGUUUGAAGCCACCAUGGUGUUUGCCCAGAGUGAGAUAUCAAAGGGAGGGGACCGCAACCUAGUGCCGUGCUGUAACCCAGAAUGUAGUCCAAAACCAAGCUGUUGCAGUUGCUAAGAAAAUUGUUUGGUUUUUUUUGUUUUUUUUUAUUGGUUGAACUCAAGGAAAGACUUGAUUUUCUUUUUAAUCUGCUUUUUAAACUCACAUUGACUGAUUGAUUGAUUAAUUUAUUUUAGUCACAGGUACAGUAUAUUCUGACUUUAUUCCACAGUCAGUCAUAUUUAACAUGCACAGUCAGAAAACAUGUAGGCUGACACUUGAGCUUAUUAUGCCUACCCUGUAUUCUUUUGCCAUAGCAUCAUCUUAAGACCAGUUCAUAUUCAUAAACACAGCAAGAGGAAACAAACAAGGCCAGUAACAGUACAACAAAGUACUUUAACACAAACUAAGUAUUCAUAAUGUCUACCCAGAGUUAAACAUUUAAAUUUCUUUUUAAAGUGAAAGAGUGGUAAGCUAUUUUAGGUCUUCUGUACAAUUGUUUCAGAGGUCCACUCCUUUAACAGAUAUACAAAAUUUCAUAAUGUUUGUUCAGAUUUUCUUUUUGAUAAACAUGGCCGUACCUCUGAACUUAUAUUGGCUAUUUCAGAUUUUAAACAUUUUGUAAUGAUUUUGACAAUCAUUUCUCAUCAUUCUAAGGUAGUACAUGUUUUAACAGCAUUAUUUGACUAAAAUAGUAUUUGCAACAAGUAAAGGAUAAAGAAACCUGACUUUUAACUUUUUGUAUGAAGUAGCUAGAGGAAUGAAAUGGGAGCAGGGCUUUGUAAACCCUGUAAAUUACAGAUUUGUAUUAUAAAAAUGCACUAGCCUACUGUACUGUAUCUGAUACACUGUAAAUUUUUACUUGUCAAUUAAAUUUUUAAUCAUAGUUUCAGAACCACAACUCCAGUGCUAGUAAAAAAAAAAUCACUAUGUAUAACUGUAAAAUUGUUGUGUGAAUAAUGCUGCUAAUGUUUAAUUGUGGUUUAUGUUUUGUAAUUUUACAACUUCUUUGCAAUAAAAUGGCAAUUUUAAGGAA